CACUCCCAGACCCCGAAUUAUGGGACGUUUAUAGUUUGUCUGGUUUAGGACCCUUCUUUCUUGAUCAUACACAAGAACACGACUUUCGACUCUUUCCAUGGCAUGAUAUUCUGCUACCAAACCCCUAUUUCUCUUGCCAACAAAACAAAACAGAACCCCUUUUUUCUAAAAUCAUUAAAAAAAAAUACAAUAUUUAAAGAAAAAUAUUUACAAAUGGUGGGAUUUUGACUAAAAAUGUAUAAUACAGAGUGUAUAAUACAAUUCAAUGAUUUAAUACGACUUUGGUGGCAGGCAUUCCACGUGUGGCUAGAAAAUAUAGCCGCGUUAUUGUGAAUGGAAGACACACCACAAGGCUUCACCAGAAAAACCAGCAGAGACACACCAUGACAGUUGCUUACUUGUGCAUCUAUAGAUAGAAACCAUCAAAUUUAAUCCCACUUUUUAAGCGCCAAAGCCUCUCCACCACCACUUCUCAUCUUUUCCUCUUCCUCUCUUGAUCUCACUAGCCAUCUAAAGUAAACAGAUCAAAGAACACAAUAGAAAAGGGGAAAAAAAAAAACAAUCGUAGUAUACUAAAAAGGAAAACCAUAGAGGUUCACUGGUGUGUGUGAUGAAGACAAAGGUUCAGAUUCCAGUAUUUAUCACUAGUACAGUACUCAUUUUCCUCACCAGUGCUUCACGGGUCUCUUUCUACAGCAAUGCAGGACUUUCAGACAUACAAGCAUCAUACAUCAAGCAAAGGCAGCUAUUCUAUUACAGAGAUAAACAUGGUUCUAGAGGUGAGUUUGUGAGCAUACCUGCUUCUCUCACAUUUGAUAAUCCAAGACUCAGAAGUGCAUAUAUUGCCCUUCGAGCAUGGAAACAAGCCAUAAUCUCUGAUCCUCUGAACAUUACCUCCAAUUGGAUUGGAUCCAGGGUAUGCAAUUACACGGGUGUCUUUUGCGCCCCAGCUCCAGACAACAAAUCAAUCGAAACAGUAGCUAGCAUUGAUCUUAAUCAUGGUGACAUUGCUGGGUACCUCCCAGAAGAGUUAGGCGGCCUUACAGAUAUUGCAUUGUUUCACGUCAACUCAAAUCGUUUCUGUGGCACCCUUCCCCAAAAAUUUAAGUAUCUAAAGCUUCUCUUCGAACUUGAUCUGAGCAACAAUAGAUUUGCGAGCAAGUUUCCUUAUGUUGUCCUUGGUCUGCCAAACCUCAAGUACCUUGAUCUUCGGUUCAAUGAGUUUGAAGGUAAAGUCCCCAGAGUUCUCUUUGAUAAAGAUCUCGAUGCAAUAUUUAUAAACCACAACAGAUUUGCUUUCCAGUUACCUGAUAAUGUUGGAAACUCGCCAGUUUCUGUUAUGGUUCUCGCGCACAACAGCUUUCAUGGGUGUGUUCCAGCAAGUUUAGGAAAUAUGGCAAAAACUCUGAAUGAAUUGGUUCUCAUCAACAGUGGUUUGAGCUCAUGCUUACCAAAAGAGAUUGGGUUGCUAAAGAAUGUGACAGUAUUUGACAUCAGCUAUAACAGGCUAGUGGGAGAGUUACCAGACACAAUUGGACAAAUGGUGAACUUGGAGCAGCUAAAUGUGGCUCACAACAUGCUAACGGGAACUAUACCUGAGAGCAUCUGUUCACUUCCAAAUCUCAAGAACUUCAGCUUUGCUUACAAUUUCUUCACUGGUGAGUCACCUACGUGUUUGGAUUUGGAUAAUUUUGAUGAAAGCAGGAACUGUUUGAGUGGAAGGCUGAAGCAGAGAUCCACAUUGCAGUGUAAAAUGUUUCUUUCCUGCAAAAUACAGUGUAGUGCAAUCCAGUGCCAUCACUCAGGCCGUCCCCUGCCUCCACCUCAACCCGUUUAUCCACCACCCCAAUCACCACCUUCACCACCUUCCCCUCCAUCAGUAUCACCACCGCCACCACCAUCUCUGUCGCCACCACCGUCACCACCUCCUCCAUUGUCACCAUCACCACCACUGCCGCUACCACCAUCACCUUCACCACCUCCUCCAUCCCCGUCACCACCAUCACCAUCCCCUUCACCACCUCCUCCAUCACCAUCACCACCCCCUUCUCCAUCACUGUCACCACCGCCACCUUCGCCACCACCUCCAUCACCACCAUUUCUGCCACCUUCACCGCCACCUCCAUCAUCACUGCCACCACCUUGCACACACUUACCACCACCACCCCCCUCACCAAAUCCUUACUAUAAUUCACCACCACCUCCCCCUCCACCACCACCUGCUAAUAACUAUCAAUCACCACCACCAUCGAUUUAUGCCCCACCACCCCCACCUCCAUGUACAGACCCUCCUCCACCUCCACCAUGUGAGCAGCAAUCACCACCCCCACCCCCACUUAAUCAAUACAUGCCACCUGCUUCACCUUCACCUACAGUUCCACCAGCUCCAUUCUACAAUGGUCCAUUGUCGCCAAUUAUAAGGGCACCAUAUCCUUCUCCACCGCCACCCCCACCACCAUUUAAUUGAUGCACUUUGAUCCUUCCCUACCAAUAACCACAUUAACAUCAGAAGGCUCAUACAUUCUCACCAUGUCCUCCAGAAUCACCUAUUUGCAUAUUUCAUGACCGACACACAUAAGAAACUAGAGUAAGAAGCAAGGAUGUGAUCAAUAAAUCACAUAGGGAUUGCAUGAGUCAACUCAAUUAGAGGAAAGGGGUGGGAGAGACAGAUAGAGAAGUGAGGCAAGGGGCGGAUGGGAUAAGUUUUCAAUAGUUGAAUUCUCACGCAUGCCUUUUUAGUCGCUAAUAAGACCGAGGUAGUAAUUAGAAGAGAGCAGGCUUUAGGGAAUGUAAUUAGAGAGAUGAGUUUUGUAUUAGUUAUGAUACUGCUGCUGUGAUGAAGAGCAGAGCUAAAAGAUGAGAACAGUUUCUGCUGCUCUGUUGUGCCUCAACUUCUAAACCCAACAUUAUAUUUCCAUAUCAAAGCAGAACUUGUUUCUUCACUUAUUACAAUUUAUAAGAACGUAAUUUUCCAGAUACGCUUCUUCAUGCUACCAAUCUCUUUGGUCCAAGUACGAAUACCAGUUAUAUGACUUCUUCUUGAUAUCUGUUACAAGAAAUUUCAGUUCUUUGAACUUUGUGAGGUUGGAACUCAAGUCUCCAAAUCAAUUUGACAGCAACAUUUUUUAUAUUUCACAAUGACCAAUAUCAGAGAUAACUAUUAGGACAGUAAGGUCUAGCCCGAGUAACAAUGCAUGCAAUCAUGUGCAUCUAUGAACGCGCAUCAAUAGCUCUAUAUUCAUCAUCAUCCUCCGAGCCUUUAUCCCAAAAAUUUGGAGUCGGCUACAGGAUUCUAUGAGAAAGUAAAAGGAAAAAAAAAAGGAAAAAGAAAGAUGAAAGACUACAGCACUAGAGAGGAUUAAUCAAGUGUUACCUUCGAUUCAUGGCCCUUCAUUUUUCCUGCACUUUUACAAUAGCGUAAAUCCUCAAUUAUACAUUAU